AUGAGACCGCAAUCGAAAACCCUGUACCACCUACGCCCGAAGCUUGACGAGAUCCUGAACGAUACAGCCCCCGUCCCGUAUACACUCGGCACCUUCAUUGCCUUCCUCGCUCAAAACCACUGUCUGGAGGUUCUCGAGUUUAUCCUUGAAGCCAAACGCUACCGGAAGACAUUCGACUGGCUUGAACAUCACGGCAAGAAAUGCGGUGAAGAUGAGGCCCACGAGGAGCGCCUCCGGCGCGUAUGGGAUCGCAUAAUAGACACAUAUAUCGAAUCCGGCGCACCGCGUGAGAUCAACGUACUAAACGAAACCCGUGAGGAGUUAUUAGCGUACACCAAAACCCACGGCUCCAUCCCCCCGCCGAGUCUCCUCGAUAGUGCUGUUCAGCACAUGCACGAAUUACUACGAGACUCGAUCCUCAUCCCCUUUCUCCGGAGCUGCUCGGGCACCUCCCAUGUGCAGCCGCUAUCAGUGCCAUGCCUCAGUGGCACCGAGCGACUGUCCCCGAGUCCCAGGGCCUCAGAUGACACCGCACGCCGGAGGUCGAAGUUCAAUGGUCUCAUUCCAUCUUCCCCGGCCGAUAUGUAUUCCUCCGAUGGAUCACAGCCGCCGACGAGGUGCAUAUCACGAGAGACCAGCUCCCAAGAGCCACUUCGCUCGUCAUCCUCUGACAUCGGGCGUGAGAUCACUGGUGGGCAAGAUUGGGAUGUUUUGCCGGACAGUGAAGGCACGGGGAUGUGGCACGCCAAUACGACCCCAGACAGAAAGACACGGCUUCCAGAUUCGCCUAAGAAAAGAUGGCGCCGCUUACAGGGAUUUACCAAGCAUUUCCGGCGUUCUUCUAGUUGA